AAAUUUGACCCGUAACACCGAACAGUGUCGAAAAUGAACGAAGCGCCCCUCGGAAACAGCUUCGGUAAACAUGGCGGCUAAAGCGCUCCGACAGCGCACCAGGCGAGGCAGCAGACAGGAUGGGAACAACGUGAACGUCCCCUCCGAAGCUCGGGCCCCUAAAGAGGAGAAAGUCAGCGAUGACAGUAAGACCACAGAGACUCGCCAAGAGUCGAUAAGUCGAGGAGGGCAGGUAUGGGCUCCAGAAGGUUCCACUGCAUUCAAAUGCCUGCUCUCUGCUCGCUUCUGCGCAGCUCUGCUGAGCAACAUCUCAGACUGCGACGAGACGUUCAACUACUGGGAGCCUAUGCACUACCUGCUUUAUGGCACAGGGAUGCAGACAUGGGAGUACUCUCCUCUGUACGCCAUCAGGUCCUACGCUUACUUAUGGCUCCACGCGCUUCCUGCUUGUCUGCACGCCCACGUUCUCCAGACAAACAAGGUGUUGGUGUUCUACUUUGUGCGAUGUGUCUUAGCGUUCUCCUGCUGUGUCUGUGAGCUCUAUUUCUACAAGGCUGUUUGUAAGAAGUUUGGCUUACAUGUGGGCCGCCUGAUGUUGGCAUUCCUUGUGCUGAGCACAGGCAUGUUCUGCUCAUCCGCAGCGUUCCUACCUUCAUCUUUCUGCAUGUACACGACCCUGGUGGCGAUGACGGGUUGGUUCCAGGACUCCACACCGUUAGCUGUUUUGGGCGUAGCUGCCGGUGCCAUCGUGGGAUGGCCAUUCUCUGCUUUGAUUGGUGUACCGAUUGCUUUUGACCUGCUGGUGCUGAAGAGGCAGUGGAAAAGUUUCAUCCUCUGGUCUGCUGUGGCUCUGCUCCUGCUGCUGGUGCCCCUGGUGGCAGUGGACUCUUUCUUUUAUGGCAAAAUGGUCGUAGCUCCUCUUAAUAUUCUUCUCUAUAAUGUAUUCACACCGCAUGGUCCUGAUCUGUAUGGCACAGAGCCGUGGCAUUUCUACUUUGUCAACGGGAUCCUGAAUUUCAACCUGGUGUUCGCUCUGGCCCUGUUUUCUCUGCCGCUCACUGCACUCAUGGAAACCCUGUUGCACCGGUUCAACGUGCAGAACCUGGGCCGUCCCUACUGGCUCACUCUGUCUCCCAUGUAUCUGUGGAUGUUGGUUUUCUUCACUCGACCUCAUAAAGAGGAACGCUUCCUCUUCCCAAUUUACCCUCUCAUCUGCCUCAGCGGGGCGGUAGCCCUGUCCUCCUUACAGAAAUGCUACCACUUCCUGUUCCAGCGGUACCGACUGGAGCACUAUACCGUCUCAUCCAACUGGUUAGCUCUCAGUGCAGUGGUGGUCUUCACGGUGGUGUCGCUGUCUCGCUCUGUUGCUCUCUUCAGAGGCUACCAUGCCCCCCUGGACCUUUACCCCGAGUUUCACCGUAUCGCCAAGGAUCCGACGUUACACUCGGUCCCUGAAGGCAGGCCCGUCAGUGUGUGUGUCGGUAAAGAGUGGUACCGCUUUCCAAGCAGCUUCCUCCUUCCACAUAGCUGGCAGCUGCAGUUCAUUCAGUCUGAGUUUAAGGGGCAGCUGCCUCAGCCGUACGCCUCCGGUCCUCAGGCCACGCAGACGAUCCCCGCCAACAUGAACGACCAGAACCUGGAGGAGCCUUCCAGAUAUACGGAUUUAAAGCAGUGCCAUUACCUGGUGGACCUCGACACCGACGAAGAGACGGCGCUCGAGCCUCGUUACUCAGCCAACAAGGAGGACUGGAUCGUUGUAGCUUUCAAGCCUUUCCUGCAAGCGUCACGGUCGUCCCCGCUCUUCAGAGCGUUCUACAUCCCGUUCAUAUCAGACCAUCACACCACCUACAAGCGCUACGUCAUCUUGAAACCACGGCGUCAAAAGCAGCCUCGUAAACGUCCCCACGGGUGACCUUUGACCUUUUAUAACUGACCCUCCAGAACAAAAAUCCUAACCAGAGAAACAAAUCACAUCUGCUCAGAGCAGCUGGUAACACGUGUCAGUGUGCAUGUGAGUUCAAGUGUUUGUGUAUGUCUCAUGAAUCAUUUGGAGAUUUCAGAACCUUUAAAGACCUUAAGUCUGCUUUUUGGGCUCAAGUGUGUGUGUGUGUGUGUGUGUGUGUGUCUGUAUGUGUGUGUUUGUUCUUGUGUGAAUGUGUGAAGAGGAAAUGUGUAUGCAGAGGUCUCUGGCAGGCGUCAGCUGGACAUUUCAUGUAGUUUGUGUGUGAGUCAAGCUGAAUGCUUACAGUAGAUGCGCAAGUGUUUUUCUUUCUAUAAGACACUUGAAUUUGUGGCCUGUUCAAAAGAAAUCCUCCGAAUUGAAGGAAUCUCGCGGUGUUUUCCUGUCUGUACCUGAACGGUGUCAUGAUGUCUGCUCUGGUUAAAGUGAGUGGUGGAGCUGAAUGAGAGUGAGAGUACAAGUAAUUUAACUUGGAAUGUUAAUAAAAACAUGAUCAACUGUGA